CAAGAAAUUGUUGGUGAUUGGAUUUUAGUUUAAAUUUAUCCUUCUCAGUUAACACAUAUGUUUUAAUAUAUUCAAUAUUUUAGUGCGUUCCUUAUUUAAUUAUUAAUAAUGGAUUAUUCUCUUCCCCUAGAGGCUGAGAAAAAGGAGUCAGAAAAUGAUGAGCACACUCCGGAUGCGCCUCAUCGUGACUUAGAAGCUCUUACGCGUCAGGUUAUGGAAGCGCAGGCAAUUGUUAAGAAAUUGUCGAAAAGGAUGGAAAGAUUAACUGUUCUCGAAGAAUUUUCGAAAGAUGAUGAAGGAGGGAAUUUGAAUGCAAUUAAUCGUCGAUACGCUCAGAAUGCACUGAAUGCUGAAAUUCGACAUAUUUUGCGACAAAAUGAAAAAAUAGAGGCACUAGUUGAAAGCAUGAAGAAAAGCUCUAUACUCGGCUUUAUAAAUUAAAGUCUCUCUUGGAAAUUUCCAAAGGUUGCAAGAAAGGAAGUUGAAUGAAAUAAAAAUCAAAAUUACGAAACAAAAAUCGAGAUCAUAAUUGAUAUAAAAUUUAUUCACGUCCAGAGGAAUAUAAACGCCCAUCAAUAGGCAACCAGCCCAGCUCAAACGUAAUUCGCGCUGCAUUACGCAAUCGAAAUAGUGCAAAAAUUCAAUAUUUUUAUUAAUCUUAAUGUUAUUAUUGUUAUUAUGAUUACAUAUUUAUUUUAUUAUAUUAUUAAUUAUUAUAUCUUUAUUUAAUUAUGUUAUUAUAACAUCCAGAAAAAAGAUUAUAUUUGAAUCAGAGGUCAUUGAAUAUAUUUGGUAUACCAAAUAAAUAUUUGUAUACAAAUAAAAUUUCUAUUUAUGCCGAAAUAUAUUUUUAUUUAAAACAAA